ACGAUUUAUGCGCAGGAAGAGUCUAGUCCUCUAGACUGUGCGGACGUAUCACACAGGAGACCUUUUGCUCUCUGUUUCAGGCGAUACUUUCAACCCCUCGGGUGUUGUCAUUCAAUUAUGAUCGCAUAAUUCCUCAUUUUACUCACGAGCAGCCAUGUUGCGUAUGCUCGAAGCUCAAGCUCCGGCGAAGCAGACUGCUACCGAUACGAUCAGUACACUGAGCGGUCGCCUCACGAAUGGUACCCUUUUGGAAGACCGACGUGCCGCAAUCCUUGGCCUACGCAGCUUUGCGAAAGAUUAUCCUGCCUCAGUCGCGUCCGACGCACUCCGGCCACUGAUAGGAUGUUUAGUCAAAGACUCGGAGGACAUAGAUACUACGAAAGUAGUCCUUGAGACACUGUUAGCUCUCUUUGAGCCUAGUGAGACAAGUCUCGAAGCUUCAGAAGACAUAGCACUUUGGCUUGCCGACGAGUUCUCUCAGCGACAAGACAACACCACGAUACUCCUUGAUCUCCUCGAUAAACCUGAUUUCUACUCCCGCUUUUACUCUCUAAGACUCCUCCAAGCCAUCUUUACCUCACGCGAGGAAAGGACCCAGGAAUCCAUAUUGACAGCACCAUUGGGUACUACACGGCUCGUCGCGACCUUAGAUGAUCCUCGAGAUGGUAUACGCAAUACCGGCUUACGGCUACUAUGUGGCCUAACGGAGACUUCACCUGAGCUUCAAAAGCUGGUCGCGUUUGAGAAUGCAUUUGACAGGAUAUUUGCUCUGAUGGAAGCUGAUGGAUCCUUAUUACAAGGAGGAAUCGUGGUUCAAGACUGCCUGACACUUCUGCAUAAUUUGAUACGUGAUAACACUGCAAAUCAGUCUUUAUUUCGCGAGUCUGGAGGCAUUGCACAACUGUCCUCGAUUCUCCCCGGUGGACCUAAAAAGAAAACCUCGUCGUUGUCCCUCAGUCCCGAGGGCGAAUGGAUGAGUCCUGAAAGUAGCAAAAAUGUAUGGGGGCUGCUGUCCAUCAUGCGACUGUUCCUUAUCCCUGGAAGCAUCAGCACGCAACCCAAUCAACUUGCUUUCCAUAAGCAUGGUAUCACUCAACAGGUUCUGGAACUCGCUUUCGACAAGUCUAGCACUCUUGCUACGCGCGCUGAGGCUCUGAAUACUUGCGCUGACAUUAUACGUGGGAAUGCUAGGCUUCAAGAAGGCUUUGGCCAAUACCAAGUAACUCCAAUUAUGGAGAAUGAGCACCCGACUAAUGGUGCUGCAUCGCCCGUGGUCACUCCAAAACUCUACGUCAUCGAAGCAUUGCUUGAAUUAGCUCUAUUAACGACUUCAAACAGUCUCUUUGGGGCUCGUUUCGCUGCGUGCGAAUGUAUAAAGGCUUAUUUCCACAAUCACCAUACUAUUAAGCUGCAUUUCCUGCAAAGAGCUGUGUCCGGCCAUACAUCUGGAGAAUAUGAGCCAGCUAAUGUAUUGAGUACUUUAGUCAGUGGUCCAUCAGCUUCGAAAGAUCCGUAUCGGGUGUGGUUUGCAGCCGUGCUAGUUCUGCAUCUCAUCUACGACGACUUGGAAGCUAAGAACAUUGUUAUGAACGUGGUCGAAGGCAAUGCUGAGAAUGGUGAAGAGGUGGUUACCUACAUUCAGACACUCGCGGGUCAUAUGGUCACUGCUCUAAAAAGUAACGACAACGAACGCGUGUGUGUAGCUUACUUGAUGUUACUCUCAGGCUGGCUCUUCGAAGCUGCCCCAGCCGUCGACGAUUUCCUCAACGAGGGAAGCACGUUGCAAACCUUGAUUCAAACAGCAUCUCGAAUAGCACCUGAUAAUGUCGUCCGCCGGGGGCUGUGUGCGUGCUUGUUGGGAACGAUAUAUGAAUUUUCUACUAAGGAUUCGCCAAUCGCUAGACGGGACCUCCAACCUGUCCUGACUUCGCGUCUCGGUAGGGAGCGGUAUUUAUCGGCGGUUAAUGGUCUACGGAAACAUCCUCUGAUUCGCGACUUCGAAGUGCUCCCAAUGAGCACGUUGAAGGAUUCAAAUGGAACGCCCACAGUACUGUUCGAUACUACUUUUGUGGAGUUUCUCAAAGAUAAUUUCAGUCGCUUAGCUCGCGCCAUUGACCGUGAUCCCGGGUUGGAAGUUCAUAUCACGCACAAUGGCGUUGAUCGGGACCUAGUCGAUGUAUUGAGAAGUCAACUCGAAGAAAAGAACCAAGCUCUUCAGAAAACUGAGUCUGACCUGCUUUCCAUAGAAAGCAAGCUAAACCAGGAACGGGCUGAUCAUAAGAGAACGCAGGAAUCAUCAACUGCAGAGAUCAACAGGGUCAAGAGCCUCACAGAAGCCAUCAAAAAGAGCCAAGAGCAAGAGCAGGCUAGAAUGGAAGCGGCACAUGAAAGAGUCAUCAGAGACAUGGAGGCUCAGUACAAACAGGCUACGCAGCAGAUGCAAGUUCAAAUCCAGAAGUCGCAGCGUGAGGGUUCAGAGGCAGUCGAAAAAGCGAAACGACCAUUGCAAGAUGAGAUUACAACACUGAAACAAGCUAAGGAUGAACAGCAGCAGAAACUCAGCAAGGCGAACGAAGAGAAGAACAAGAAUUCAAAGGCCGUCCAGGAGUUACAGCAACUUGCUAAGCGAAGCAAAGAGGAACAUACCGAGGCACAAACGAUCAUAACUUCACUCAAGUCGGACCUGAGAAAAAAAGAUAACCAGAUUGAUGAUCUAAAGAAAGCCAAGGUACAGCUCGAAGCCUCAGUCGAAAAAGGAAAGAGCGAGAACGAUCAAUUACGUACAAGGUCACAAGACCAGAUAUGGGCAGUGAAAGAUGCGGAAGAGAAAAUACGGAAGGCCGAGCAGAUUGCAAAGGAUAAGGAGGAAGCCCGCAGCAAGGCACAGGGUGAACUCGAUGAUAUGCUCAUGGUUCUUGCUGACAUUGAAGAGAAGCGCACAAAAGACAAGGCUCGCUUAAAGGAAUUGGGAGAGCAGAUUUCGGACGAUGAGGACGAGGACGACGAUGAGGAGGAGGAAGAGGAAGACCCGAGUGAUGUUGACUAGGUUCAAACACCUAUUUAGACUCCAGCCCGGAAAUAUCACUUUACACACAGGAGAACAUGUUUCUGAUAGUCAAUCACAAUGUGUCAUACUGGAUAGGCAAAGCAUGGCUAGAAAAAACCAAACAGAAUAUGAUGCCAGUAGCUCAACAAUACACUGAUGGAGCAUGUUGCGCCGAGUCG